UGGCUCCCUUACUCCAGAUCUCUAUCCAAGGAUCGAGCCUCUUUCCUCGGGUCAGUCUCCCUUGUUGCCCCCCUCUGCGGUCUAACCCUGGAGCCGUGGUACACUUACACACACUGGUACCCCAUGGCGUCGUCCCAUGUGAGGAAGGACCCCCCCCGACCCAGUGCCCAGGAUGCAGCCCGCCAUGAUGCUCUUCUCCUCCAAGUACUGGGCACGUCGGGGCAUGUCUCUGGACUCAGGCAUGUUCCAGCAGCAGAGCCAGCCCCAGAGGCACACCGGGGGGCAGAUGUCCCGGCGGCCAUCUUUCUGCCCCAUAAAUGAGAAGCAGGAGCAGCAGAGUGAGGACUCGGGUCGCACGGCUGUGGUGUUUUCUCUGAAGAACGAAGUGGGAGGACUGGUCCGAGCACUAAGGGUCUUUCAGGAGCGGAGAGUAAACCUAAACCACAUAGAGUCUCGUGUGUCCAAACGCGUCUUAAACGAGGUGGAGAUUUUCGCCGACUGCAGCUGCUCCAAGAAAGAAUUCAACGAACUUCUGCAGAACCUGAAGGAUCACGUCAAUAUUAUAUCAUAUAAUACUCCUAUAAACGCAUGGUCCGCAGAGGCAGAUGACGAGGAUGUUCCCUGGUUCCCAAUGAAGAUCUCAGAACUGGAUCAGUGUUCUCACCGAGUCCUGAUGUACGGCUCUGAGCUGGACGCAGACCACCCAGGCUUCAAGGACAAUGUUUAUCGCCAGAGGAGGAAGUACUUUGUGGAAGUAGCCAUGAACUACAAAUUUGGCCAGCCGAUCCCGCGUAUCGAGUACACAGAGGAGGAGGUGAGGACUUGGGGAGUGGUCUUCAGGGAGCUGUCUAAACUGUACCCGACUCACGCCUGUUGCGAGUACCUGAAGAACUGGCCCCUCCUAACGAAGCACUGCGGCUACAGAGAAGACAACAUCCCCCAGCUACAGGAUGUCUCCACCUUUCUCAGAGAGCGUUCCGGUUUCACAGUUCGUCCGGUGGCGGGAUACCUCUCUCCCAGGGAUUUUCUGGCUGGUUUGGCCUAUCGUGUGUUUAACUGCACUCAAUACGUCCGCCACAGCACCGACCCUCUUUAUACCCCAGAACCGGACACAUGUCAUGAGCUGCUGGGGCACGUUCCACUUCUCGCCGAUCCAAAGUUUGCUCAGUUUUCCCAAGAAAUCGGUUUAGCCUCGUUAGGAGCCUCGGACGAAGAUGUGCAGAAACUUGCCACUUGCUACUUCUUCACCAUCGAGUUUGGUUUGUGUAAACAGGACGGGCAGCUCCGAGCAUAUGGAGCAGGUCUUCUGUCCUCUAUCGGAGAGCUACAGCAUGCCCUGUCGGAGAAGGCCUGUGUGAAGACCUUUGACCCCAAGACCACGUGUUUCCAGGAGUGCAUCAUCACCUCGUUUCAGGAAGUGUACUUUGUGUCCGAGAGCUUUGAAGAGGCUAAGGAGAAGAUGAGGGAGUUUGCGAAGACGAUCAAGCGCCCCUUCUCUGUGUACUAUAACCCGUACACUCAGAGCGUGGACCUGCUCAAAGACACGAGGAGCAUCGAGAACGUGGUGCAAGAUCUACGCAGCGACUUAACCACAGUCUGUGAUGCUCUGGGCAAGAUGAACACCUACAUGGGAAUCUAACCCAUAACACAACACUGAUGAACCAGCCCACAACCUCAGACAACCCUGGGCAAUGAACACCUAUAUGAGAAUUUAUCCCACAACCCAAAAGAUCCCUGCAAUUCAUGAUCAAACUCUCAACUUCACACAUCCCUGCUGCUAAUGAGACGUUUCAACAUGCUCUGUUCCUCUGUGUGGCCAGCAGAGGGAGACACAGCUUCCUUAGUAAUGCUUAUAUGUGGUCUAUGUAACUUUUCUAGUGCAAAGUCCUCCACCUGCUUGUCUCCAUGGAGAUGUUAUUACUUUGUCAGGAAUGUUCCACAGCAUGGCAUUAAAUUGCAACCUG